AUGGCGCUUAUUCAUGAAUCACGUGCCCCCUCGCCAUCUCUUUCCGGCUUCAACAGUCCACUCUCUGAUCCUCCAUCCUUCCGCCGCCUCGAUGCCGAAACGCCCUGCACCCCAGAAAUGGACCUUACCCCGACCCAGUGCGUCCUUCGCAACGUCCUCUCCAUAGACACCGGAGGUUCUGUCGAGCCCGGGGGUGGAGGAGGAGAGGGGCACACGGCCGCACACAACCAGACACCAAGCGAGGAACAACAGGAGCACUUUGCCAACAGUGUCCUGAAGCUUCAUGAGCAUGAUGGAAGGACGGAGGGAGAGGGGCAGGAGAUGGAUGGCAGCUGCGUCAGGAGCCAGGCGGAUGCCGCCAGGCUACAGUGCCAGUCUACCGGAGGGGGAGGAGGGUUUCUGGAAGGGUUGUUUGGGUGUCUGCGACCUGUCUGGACUAUGAUUGGCAAAGCUUACUCCACAGAGCACAAACACGGCCUGGACGAGGCUUGGGAGAUCCCAUUCGAAGAGAUAUCUGACCUGCAGUGGGUGGGCAGCGGAGCGCAGGGUGCCGUCUUUCUGGGCAAGCUGCACGGACAGGAAGUGGCUGUUAAGAAAGUGCGAAACAUCAAAGAGACAGACAUCAAGCACCUGCGCAAGCUCAAACACCCCAACAUCAUCACUUUCAAAGGUAUUUGUACCCAGGCUCCGUGCUACUGUAUCAUCAUGGAGUACUGUGCCCAGGGACAGCUGUAUGAGGUGCUGAGAGCAGGCAGGCAGAUACAUCCAUCCCUGCUUAUGGACUGGGCCAUGGGCAUCGCUGGGGGCAUGAACUAUCUUCACCUCCACAAAAUCAUCCACAGAGACCUCAAGUCACCAAACAUGCUGAUCACUUACGACGACGCAGUCAAGAUUUCUGAUUUUGGCACGUCCAAGGAGCUCAGUGACAAGAGCACCAAGAUGUCCUUUGCUGGUACGGUGGCCUGGAUGGCUCCUGAAGUGAUACGCAACGAACCCGUCUCAGAGAAAGUGGAUAUUUGGUCAUUCGGUGUGGUGCUGUGGGAGAUGCUGACAGGAGAGGUGCCCUAUAAGGAUGUGGACUCCUCCGCGAUCAUCUGGGGAGUGGGCAACAACAGUCUCCAUCUGCCUGUACCUGAUAGCUGCCCCGACAGCUUCAAACUGCUCCUGAGGCAAUGUUGGAACUGCAAGCCAAGAAACAGGCCUUCCUUCCGACAGAUUCUCCUGCAUCUUGACAUCGCCUCAGCAGAUAUACUAUCGACUCCACAAGAAACCUACUUUCAGACUCAGGUGGAGUGGAGGGAUGAGGUGAGGCACCACUUUGAGAAGCUCAAGUCUGAGGGGACGUGUAUUCACAGGCUGGACGAGGAGCUGCUCAAAAGACGCAGAGAAGAACUCAGACAUGCACUGGACAUCCGGGAGCACUACGAGAGGAAACUGGAGAGAGCCAACAAUCUCUACAUGGAACUCAAUGCCAUCAUGCUACAGCUGGAGAUCAAAGAGAAAGAACUUCACAAGAGGGAGCAUUCACUGGACAAGAAGUACCCGGGCUGCGUCAAGCACCACAGCUCCAGACAGUCGGCCUCCUCCAACUCGAUGGAGAAGCUCAUGAAGAAACGCAACAUACCUCAGAAGCUGCCUUCAUACAGCAAGAGGCCAGACUUACUAAAGUCCGAGGUCAUCCUCCCCAAACUGGACUCUUCCAUGACCCAGGUCACAAUCCCCAACAAGGGCUCUACCUCACCUGGCCGCUCACGCAGAGGGAAACCCCGCUACAGGAAGGCUGGUAAAGGCAGCAGUGGGGACUUGGCUCAGCUGAAAGCCACUCUCUCCUCUUCAUUAGCCAUGGUCAACUCCACCUCAUCUGUUCCCAGCAGCAAGCAGCAUUUAGACCCAAGUGCAGCCCUCAGAGGCCUGCAGCACGAUCUGCUGCUCAAGAAGAUGUACUCCUCAAGCCCGGAUCUCAUUUCAACCACCUUGGAGGCGGAAGGCCGGAGGAAGGGGCAGGUCAGGCCGGGGCUGGACAGAGCGGGCAGCCAGAGCGCAUCAGCCGGGCUGGGGGAGAGUAGAAGUACUGGAGGACCCGAGGAGGGACCAGAUGUGAAUGUAGGGACAGAUGACCUGGCUGAAACACCUCCACGCAGUGACACGCCCAGCGAGGAUGCAGCUUCUAUCCCGUUCUCCAGUAGCCCCGACUCCCCAUGCGGCAGGGGAGCCGCUGCAGGCAGGCCGUCAGUGCUCGGAAACCCCCGUGCUUCCCACGAGGGCGAGGAGAAGGACGGGGUGGUGAACACACGUUCGCCCAGAAGUCAACGCCUCACUCCUGCUGCACUGCUCUACAGGGCAGCAGUCACACGCAGUCAGAGACGUGGAGUGUCGUCAGAGGAAGAGGAAGGAGAGGUGGACAGUGAAGUGGAGUUGCCAAGGAGACGGCGUCCUGUGAGCAUGAGCAAGUGCCAGUCCCUGUCCACCUUCAGCUCAGAGAACUUGUCGGUGUCGGACGGCGAGGAGGGAAACACCACCGACCACUCCCACAGCGGCACCCCGGACGUGGUCAGCACCAACACCGACGAUCGUCUUGACGACAAGAGCGACGACCUGCUGUCUCAGGGCUCGGAGAUUCCCGCUGACCCCUCCGACUCAACCCAGCUGGGCUCUGACGGGUUGUCUGAGAAGGAAGCUAUUCUCCGACAAGUCAAGACCCAGCUCGCGAGUAAUGAUCAUACUUAUGAGGGCCGGUAUGAUGACUCUGACUGUGACAGUGCAGAGCUGGACCAUUCAGGCAGUGCAGAGCCCAGCCAACCACCAGCCAGCUGGUGA